CGCUCUCUCACUCACUCACUCCUUGCUCGCGUUGUUCCUCCCUCCCCCCCAAGGGCGGCGUCAGUGUGGGCCGGCAGGGAGAGCCCUCGAAGGCUUGAGCCUUCCCCACCAUACCCCGUGCCUGCGCGUGACGCCAUGGCGGCCGCUGCCGCGGCGCCACUCCCGUUGCGGACGGGGCGCGGCGGCCGCCGGGCUGCUGCUGCUCGGCAGCCUCGCCCCGGGGGCGGGCGGCGCGGCCCCGCACGCCUCGGCGCCGCCGGCUUGCGCCGCUGACGCAGAGGCCUCCAGGGCGCUGGUGGCGCCGGAGGGUGCGCCGUUUGAGCCGCGGGCGGAGCUGGACGAGACCUGGCACCGGAGGUGGGAGCUCCGGAACAAGGCGGACGUCGGCCAGCUGCGGGAGCUGUGCAGCGCGGGCCCGCUGGACGUGCUGUUGCUUGGCGACUCGAUCACCGAGAAAUGGCUGCGGCCCUCUUUGACAGAGCACCCGGACGGCCGCAUGGAGUACACGGAGGAGGAGCUGCUGGAGCUGGGCGGGGACCUGCAGGCCGCGUUCCCCUCGCGGCGCGUCGGGGUGGCCGCCGUGGGCGGGGACAGGAUCCUCGACCUGCUCUGGCGCCUCCGCGCGGGAGGCCUGGGCGAGGCCGUGAAGCUGUGCGCGCCAAAGGCCGUGCACGUCCUCAUCGGCACCAACGACCUCGGCAUGGGAAUUACCCCCGCGGACGCGGGCGAGUCCUACCGCCAGCUUGUGGGCGAGCUCGUCGCGAUGCGACCCGACGCCCAGCUGACGCUGCAGCUGGUUAUGCCGCGCUACUUCAAGGGCCGGGAGGACGUCCACCUCGCGGGGCCCGGGCCCCUCAUGAAGUGGAGCCCGAAGAGCCUGCAGUGGGUGGCGUGCCCAGACGCGCGUGAGGAGCAGAUGCCGCUCAGGGGGGACGGGUCCAAGUAUUGCGCCGUGAUGUUCCCGCCGGUGAGGGAGCUGAACAGGAUGAUCGCCCGCGUGGCUUCCGAGAUCGGAGCCUCCGGCCACGACGCCAGGAUCCUGGACUGCACCAGCUUCCUCACCGUCGGGGGUAGCAUCAGCAAGUCGCCGAGCUUCCUCGCGACGGUGGCGCCCGACUGCUUCACCAGCGAGGCGGAGGCCCGUGUGGAGCUGGGCGGCGUGGAGUUCAGGGCGGUCAGCUCGCGGUGCAUCCCCGGCCUGUUCUCGUGGUGUGACAUCACCGGCGAUCCCGUGGAGGACGCAGGAGAGAUGGACGUUGCCGAGCUGCAGCCCGGCGACCUGUGCCGCGUCGUGAGCGUCGUCGUGCGUGAGGGCGCCACCGAGCCGCCGCCCUACUUGAGUGAGGCGAAGCUCCUCGGGCUCAUGGAGGAGCACGGCAUCGGCACCGACGCGUCCAUGGCCCAGCACGUAGGCAACAUCUUGAAACGAGGGUACGUCUGGCUGGACCAGGAGACUCGCGAGCUCGUCCCUGCAGCCUUGGGGCUCGCACUGGUGUUCGCCUACACCAUGGUUGACCCGGGCCUCGUGCGUCCCACAGUGCGGUCGGCGAUCGAGAACGAGUGCGGAAACGUCGCCAAGGGCAAGGCACGAAAAGGGGAGGUGGUCGCGCGCGUGAUGCGAAUCUUCGAGCGCAAGUUUGACUAUCGCCCACGCUUCGCGUCCGCGUGUGCCGCCGCGAGAGCCGCGGAGACACAAACACGGAUUCGCGUCGCGUGCAUUAGCGACGGA